AUGCAGAUCUUCGUCAAGACCCUCACUGGAAAGACCAUCACCCUUGAGGUGGAGUCUUCUGACACCAUCGACAACGUCAAGUCCAAGAUUCAGGACAAGGAGGGCAUCCCUCCCGACCAGCAACGUUUGAUCUUCGCUGGUAAGCAGCUCGAAGACGGUCGUACUCUCUCCGACUACAACAUCCAGAAGGAAUCCACCCUCCACCUUGUCCUCCGUCUCCGUGGUGGUAUGCAGAUCUUCGUCAAGACCCUCACUGGAAAGACCAUCACCCUUGAGGUGGAGUCUUCUGACACUAUCGACAACGUCAAGUCCAAGAUCCAAGACAAGGAGGGUAUCCCUCCCGACCAGCAGCGAUUGAUCUUCGCUGGCAAGCAGCUCGAAGAUGGCCGCACCCUCUCCGACUACAACAUCCAGAAGGAAUCCACCCUUCACCUUGUCCUCCGUCUCCGUGGUGGUAUGCAAAUCUUCGUCAAGACUCUGACAGGAAAGACAAUCACAUUGGAAGUCGAAUCCUCAGACACUAUCGAUAAUGUCAAGUCAAAAAUCCAAGACAAAGAAGGCAUUCCUCCCGACCAGCAGCGAUUGAUCUUUGCUGGUAAGCAACUUGAAGAUGGCCGCACUCUUUCCGACUACAACAUCCAGAAGGAAUCCACUCUACACCUUGUCCUCCGUCUCCGUGGUGGUAUGCAGAUUUUUGUCAAGACCUUGACAGGAAAGACUAUCACAUUGGAAGUCGAAUCAUCAGACACCAUUGACAACGUUAAGAGCAAGAUUCAAGAUAAGGAGGGUAUCCCUCCCGACCAGCAGCGUUUGAUCUUUGCUGGUAAGCAACUGGAAGAUGGACGCACUCUUUCUGAUUACAACAUCCAGAAGGAGUCUACUCUUCACUUGGUGCUCCGUCUUCGCGGUGGCAACUAG